AUGGAGAACGCUCACACAAAGACAGUCGAGGAAGUUUAUAGCUAUUUCAACGUUAACGAAAGCACGGGACUGGCCCUGGACCAGGUGAAAAGGCAAAGGGAAAAAUGGGGACCGAAUGAGUUGCCGGCAGAGGAAGGGAAGUCCUUAUGGGAGCUCGUCGUUGAACAGUUUGAAGAUUUGCUAGUGCGCAUUCUCCUUCUGGCAGCUUGUAUAUCUUUUGUACUGGCCUGGUUUGAGGAAGGAGAGGAAACCAUCACAGCCUUCGUGGAGCCUUUUGUAAUCUUACUAAUUCUCAUAGCCAAUGCCAUCGUAGGUGUGUGGCAGGAACGGAACGCCGAAAAUGCCAUCGAAGCCCUUAAAGAGUACGAGCCCGAGAUGGGGAAGGUGUACCGCCAGGACAGGAAGAGCGUCCAGAGGAUUAAGGCCAAGGACAUCGUCCCCGGGGACAUUGUUGAAGUGGCCGUGGGAGACAAGGUCCCAGCAGAUAUUCGCAUCUCCUCAAUCAAGUCCACGACCCUGCGGGUAGACCAGUCCAUCCUGACCGGUGAGUCUGUAUCGGUCAUCAAGCACACUGACCCUGUCCCUGACCCCCGAGCUGUCAACCAGGACAAGAAGAACAUGCUCUUCUCCGGCACCAACAUCGCGGCGGGCAAGGCAGUGGGCGUGGUGGUGGCGACGGGAGUGAACACGGAGAUCGGCAAGAUCCGGGAUGAGAUGGCGUCCACGGAGCAGGAGAAGACGCCGCUGCAGCAGAAGCUGGACGAGUUCGGCGAGCAGCUGUCCAAAGUGAUCUCCCUCAUCUGCAUCGCCGUGUGGAUCAUCAACAUCGGCCACUUCAACGACCCUGUGCACGGCGGCUCCUGGAUCCGCGGCGCCGUCUAUUACUUCAAGAUCGCCGUGGCGCUGGCCGUGGCCGCCAUCCCCGAGGGGCUGCCCGCCGUCAUCACCACCUGCCUGGCGUUGGGCACACGCCGCAUGGCCAAGAAGAACGCCAUCGUCCGCAGCCUGCCCUCCGUCGAGACGCUGGGCUGCACCUCCGUCAUCUGCUCCGACAAGACCGGCACCCUCACCACCAAUCAGAUGUCCGUCUGCCGGAUGUUCAUCCUGGACAAGGCCGAGGGAGAGAGCUGCUCGCUGUCCGAGUUCACCAUCUCCGGCUCCACCUACGCCCCCGAAGGAGAAGUGUUCCGUGACGGUAGGCCAGUUAAAUGCUCCCAGUUCGAUGCCCUGGUGGAAAUGGCCACUAUCUGUGCCCUAUGCAACGACUCCUCUCUGGACUACAACGAGUCCAAAGGGGUGUUUGAGAAAGUUGGCGAGGCCACAGAGACCGCCCUCACCUGCCUCGUGGAGAAGAUGAACGUGUUUGACACCGACGUUAAGAACCUGUCCAAGAUCGAGAGGGCAAACGCCUGCAACUCGGUGAUCAAGCAGCUGAUGAAGAAGGAGUUCACCCUGGAGUUCUCCCGAGACAGGAAGUCUAUGUCUGUGUACUGUACCCCCAACAAAGCCCGCUCUUCCAUUGGCAAGAUGUUCGUCAAGGGCGCCCCGGAGGGAGUGAUUGACAGGUGUACCCACGUCCGGGUGGGCAGCAACAAGGUGCCCAUGACGGCGGGCGUCAAGGAGAAGAUCAUGUCGGUGAUCAGGGAGUACGGCACAGGCCGCGAUACGCUGCGCUGCCUGGCGCUGGCCACCCGCGACAACCCGCUGAAGAUGGAGGAGCUGGUGCUGGUGGACACCGCCCGCUUCAUCGAGUACGAGAGUGACCUGACCUUCGUGGGCUGCGUGGGCAUGCUGGACCCCCCGCGGACCGAGGUGGCGGGCUCCAUCAAACUGUGCCGGCAGGCAGGCAUCCGCGUCAUCAUGAUCACCGGCGACAACAAGGGCACGGCGGUGGCCAUCUGCCGGCGCAUCGGCAUCUUCACCGAGGACGACGACGUCAACCACAUGGCCUUCACCGGCCGCGAGUUCGACGACCUGCCACCCCACUCCCAGCGCGAAGCCGUCAUGAACGCCCGCUGCUUCGCCCGCGUCGAGCCCUCCCACAAGUCCAAGAUCGUGGAGUUCCUGCAGUCCUUCGACGAGAUCACCGCCAUGACGGGAGACGGGGUGAACGACGCCCCCGCCCUGAAGAAGGCGGAGAUCGGCAUCGCUAUGGGCUCUGGCACUGCCGUGGCCAAGACGGCCUCGGAGAUGGUCCUCGCCGACGACAACUUCUCCUCGAUCGUGGCGGCGGUGGAAGAGGGCCGGGCCAUCUACAACAACAUGAAGCAGUUCAUCCGCUACCUCAUCUCCUCCAAUGUGGGCGAGGUCGUCUGUAUCUUCUUGACCGCGGCCCUGGGUUUCCCCGAGGCGCUGAUCCCAGUGCAGCUGCUGUGGGUCAACCUAGUGACAGACGGUCUGCCGGCCACCGCCCUGGGCUUCAACCCCCCCGACCUGGACAUCAUGAACAAGCCCCCCCGCAACGCCCGCGAGCCCCUCAUCUCCGGCUGGCUCUUCUUCAGAUACCUGGCCAUCGGAUGCUAUGUGGGUGCUGCCACUGUGGGAGCUGCUGCCUGGUGGUUCAUUGCUGCUGAGGACGGUCCCAGAGUCACCCUGUACCAGCUGAGCCACUUCCUGCAGUGCGCUCCUGACAACCCCGAGUUCCAGGACCUGGAGUGCAGCCUGUUCGAGUCGCCCUACCCCAUGACCAUGGCCCUGUCCGUGCUGGUCACCAUCGAGAUGUGCAACGCCCUGAACAGCCUUUCGGAGAACCAGUCCCUGCUGCGCAUGCCCCCCUGGGAGAACGUGUGGCUGCUGGGGGCCAUCUGCCUGUCCAUGUCCCUGCACUUCCUCAUCCUCUACGUGGAGCCGCUGCCGAUCAUCUUCCAGAUCACCCCUCUGAACGUGACGCAGUGGCUGAUGGUGCUGAAAAUCUCUCUGCCCGUCAUCCUCCUGGACGAGCUGCUCAAGUUCAUCGCCCGCAACUACCUGGAGCCCGCUCGGGCAGAGUAAGCCCACCUCCUCCUCUAAAGUCCUUUGCAGGAACUGUGAAGUUUUGCUUUAGUGUUGUGCAUGUGUGUUUUGAGCAACACCACAUUCUCCAAGACCUGCAUGAAAAAAAAAUGUGCAAAGAAAAAAAAAUGCAUAUCUAUAUAAUUACAAAAAAAACUUGUGACAAAAAAAGAGAAAAUGGUGUAUUUUUUAAAUGGACAAUGAACAGUGUUUUAGGACAUUGAAAUACUAAAAAAGGCCAGUCAUCUGUAUGUUAGGCAGUCCUGCCUGCGUACAUCCUCAAUGCAUGGAGACAGACCUUCGCUUAGCCUUCAACCUUAAUGAGGAUAUGAGGAGUUUUCAUGCCACCUUUUUAAACUCUGUACAAUGUCAUAGUUUUAUAUAAAUGUACAAUAUACAGUGAUGCAUGUCCAAGUUGAAAAGUAGCCAAAACUAUUUUAUCAUCAGAAAUUUCUAUUAUAGCUAUGUAUAAUGCCAUUUAAUAUGUAAUUAAAUGCUAUAAAAAAUAUCCAUUUACAUAGAAGCGGUACAACUGUUGAAUGACUAAGCUCAAAACCACCAAUUCAUCUUUUCCUAAGGAAAUCUUUUUUUUGGGGGGGUGUGCAAAAUAACCAAAUAGAUCUUUUUUGUUUCGCACUGUAAUGUAACUUAUUUAAUGAGAUUCUGCAGUAUCUGGGCAGGUGGUGGUGGUGGUGGUGCAGCCAAACUGUGAUGCAUUUUCUUAUGAAAGAAGCAGUCAGUCCUUUUUAAACAGGAUGUUUGAACCCCGAACAAACUGUAAAUAAGAGCUACUGUUUAUUUCAGCGCUGACGAUUGUAACGUGCAUCACACGGACUUGUGGUUUCAGGUAAAUAAAACUGAUUAUACAUGA